GCCACCUUGAACUGGAAAAAAGAAUCAUGAUUGACUUUGAGGAGGCAGACUUCAUUUUGGAAAAUCAGAAAAGAAAAAGAAAAAAAGAUCUCAAAAAACACAAAAAACACAAAACCAACAUGACUGUGAAACCACAAGAGAGCAUCCAGAAGAAAAAGAAAAACUCGCAGCUCAAAGAAGAAACGAAGGAAAGGAAACAAAAGAAAAAGGAAAAGAAGAAAGAAAGGCAAAGAAGGAGACUGGCCUUAGAGCUAGACAGCAGUGUUGUGUUUAAACAGUGCGGUAGUGCCCAGGAAAAACCUUUUGAGAAGCCCGAAGCAUCAAAGCCGCAACAAAAUGAAAAGCUGAAGCCUGAUCGUCUGACUCAAGACUCCAAAAAGAAAUGCAAAAGAAAAAAAAAAGUGGCGUUUGAUGUGUCACCCCGUUACAUCCGUGUCAAACGGCCUAAAUUUGCGUCAUCGUCCACCAAAGAGGAGGCGGCUGUGAAAGGCGCUGAGAGCUGUUCACAGGACGCAGCGACGGGGAACAGCCAGAGUUGCGAUCAGGAGUCUCAGGGCACCAGUGAUAACAUCAACAGCCAGGACUUGUUUAUUACCCAGAAGACUUUCAGAACAUCGCUCUCCGAACCCUCCAGCGGGGAAGUCAAUGACGGAGCCCUUAUGCUAUCUCCUCAGUUGCGAACACAGCAAGGCGAGUGUCAACAGCUUAAACAAUUUCAUGAAGAAUCAGAAAAAUGGCCACAUGACUCACAGGCUCAUCAGCUCUUUGUGCAGACAAACCCAGAAGAACCUGAAGAAGGUAAAGGACAUCAUAAGAUACAUGAGCAGAGAAAAAAGUCCCUUCUGAAACAAGAAAACACAAACUUAUCUGGAGAGCAAAGAGUCUCACAUUCAGUGCGUUUAAAGCUCAGUGAGGGGCAUCCUUUCCUGGAGGAGCCAAUCAUUGUCGACUCCUCCCUGGAUCUUGGAGAGCGUUCCCCUUCAUGCCUGCCACAUAUUAAUAAGUCAUUACUUCCUGCCAGGUCCACAGUGAGCUCUUCCACACAGACAGAAAACUUCUUCACCACUGAGCUCUCCUCCUACCUCAGCUUCUGCCAGAAAAGUAGACCAGCUGUUUGUUUCGAUGACGUGAAACCUUUAGACCUGAGCCUUCCACACAGGGUGAGAAAAGACCGCGGUAGCUGUUUGUCAGUAAUGGAGUUGUCAGAAUCUGAUCAAAAGUCCGCUGAUACAACGACAUCCAGCGAGGACAGCGAGCAGCCGUGCCGCGCUGGCAAGCUGGACCUGAUUCAGGUCAGAGCGGUCCAGAUGAAACUCAACGAAUCCUUCUUUUUCAAACCCAAAGGAGAGGGACGGUCACCCAGGCCCGAGUCACCGCUGAUGAAACUCUCUCAGGGCAGAGACACUAAAAGGAGGAAGAGUCGCUGAGGUCACAAGGUUUUAAUAUAGGCUGCUAUUAGCCCUGUUGGCUGACGUCAACAAAUAAGAUGUGACGUUUGUGUUGACGUUAGUGGCCAAUAUUUAUCUGUUCAGUCGUAUCAAUUUCGUGCUGACUAAAUGUUCAGAAUUUCAUCUGAAAGCCUUUAAAAACUUUUAUAUAAGAUUUUUUGCUUCCCUGGAACAAUUAAAUGAAAUCGUUACUGCAACACGAACAAACAAAGAAGACACAUUAAUAUGGACCUAGAACUUCACAAUUGGAGCACGCUUAAACUUUCCUAGCAGACACCAUCUAACGUCUGGAAAACUGUUCAAUUUUAUGAGCUUCAGCUGAGAAGCGGCGUGUGUCAAGUGUC